AUUUGUUUUUUUUUUUCCCGAAUAGUUCAGAAGUUUGAACUGUGUCAAGCGCAAGCAAAGGCCAGAUGCGUCGCUUAAAGCCAGAGAAAAUUACAAUUCGUAAUGGUUUGAAGUAGUUGUACCCAUUCCUAACAAAAGCCAUAACGUACCUGUCAAUAGCAUCACCUCAAAUUCAAUACGAAAUGACAACUGAAUUGAGAGAGAGAGACCAUGGAACCUGCUGCUGGAUGAACACUUCGAGCUGGCUGAUUAUAGUCUUUUUUGGGGCUUGGAUUGAGAUGGAGAUUGGUUGUUCAUAAAUUUGAGUCCCCUUCUGUGGAAUUUCACCAUCUGGUUGUGGGAGUUGAAGCUAUGGGAAGUGGACUAUUAUUUGGCGGUUGAGCUUUGAUUCUGGUGGGUUUUACCCUGUGGUCUUUUUCUGGUUGGUGCACGAGGUUUUAGUGGGAUUAUUGGCAUCUUUUACCAGUUUCCUUGCUGCAGACGUUUGUGUACUAUUGUUGCAUUAAUAACUAUGUUCUCUGUUGUUUCUCGGGGAAGAUCAUUAAGCAUCUAAAAUAUUAGCUUAUUCCUUAGUUCAAAACUGCUGAUUGAGAACUGUUCAAUCUUGGGAGAUCUAUAUCUCUGCUGGAGAAAUUUGUGAUUGGUUGUCUCUGCUGGAAGGCACAGAGUUUCUGCUGAUUAUGCAUCAUAUGGUUUUUCUUGGUAUUUCAUCUACAAGGUUUGUACCUCUGCUGUUGAAAUAAUGGAGAGAAAUACUGGAAGCGGUAUGCUGGAGCAGCAUAAAACCCAUGAGCAAGUUCAAUAUAUUUCUGCGGAUGCUAAAAAAGAGGGACUUGUGUCCACAAAUCAAAGGUUUUUUCAAGAUCUAUCCAGUUCCAUUAAUACUAAUUUAAGACAUCCAGAUUUCAAUAUUCCAGUUGCUUCUAGACCUGUGCUGAAUUAUUCCAUUCAAACUGGUGAGGAGUUUGCUCUUGAAUUUAUGAGGGAAAGGGUAAAUUCAAGGCAGCACUUAAUACCAAAUCCUUCCAGUGAUUCCAGCUCUGCAACUAGUUAUACAGAUCUGAAGGGAAUACUGGGACUCAGUCACACAGGCUCUGAAAGUGGAUCAGAUAUCUCUAUGAUUUCCUCCAUGGAUAAAGGCCAUACCCGAGAGAAUGAACGAAGUGGCUCUUCUGUACAUGAAGACAGGGGGCACUAUGAGUCUAGGCAAUCCAUACCUCAAACCCCAUCAAAAAAUGUCAGCAGUUUGGGAGCUCAUGGUUAUGCUUCUUCUGAAGUUUCUGAUCAUUCAUCAACAAACAUCAAGCUUCUCUGCAGUUUAGGUGGUAAAAUCCUGCCUCGGCCAGGUGAUGGAAAACUUAGAUAUGUUGGAGGUGAAACUCGUAUAAUUCGGGUAAGCAAGCACAUUUCUUGGCCAGAGCUAAAAGUAAAGGCAUUGGAAUUUUACAAUCAAGUUCAUACAAUCAAAUAUCAACUUCCUGGUGAGGAUCUUGAUGCAUUGGUAUCUGUAUCUUGUGACGAAGACCUACAUAAUAUGAUGGAGGAGUGUAAUUCAGUUGAACAUGGUGGAUCACAGAAACUAAGGAUGUUUCUUUUUUCUAGCAGUGAUUUAAAUGAUUCGCAGCUGGGCCUGGGCAAUGUGGAAGGUGAUUCUGAAACUCAGUAUGUAGCUGCAGUGAAUGGCAUGGACAUAGGAUCAGGGAAGAACUCAUUUAAUCUGGGAAGCACUUCAAGAAGCAAUUUGCAUGAAUUGUUCAAUUUCAAUGUUGAAAAGGAAACAGGGCGAGGCAAAGAUGAGUCAGCUGGGGCUCUACCUGCAUCUGUUACAGUUACUAUGCCUUCAUUAACAAAUCUUUCUCAGCCAGUGGUGCUGAGUUCUUCUGGUACUUAUGAAUCCAACCCUCAAGUAUACCCUACUCAGUUGGUAGAUCAUGAAGGAAAACUUCAUACAUUGACUACUCCCCAACCUAGAGAAAACCUCUGUGAUGAUGGCAGAAGUGCUGUUCCUUCUUCUGUUCCAUUGCAAUACGGUUAUGUUUCUCAUCCAUCUACCCAUUCACCUGAUGUAGAAAAUUUAGUCCCAACACCUUUUCAUGGGCAUCUGACUGGACUGGAAGGAUCAGCUCAACAGCAGAAACAGCAAGGCUUUCAUGCUCAGGAUCCAGAAAUGUCAAUUAAGGAGGAGAAAGUCAAAAGCGAUGGCAUAGUUCAGACAAUGAGACUUGAAAAAAUUAACUCUCUACACAAAAUUUCUGUUUCACAUUAUAUGCCCAGGGAAGUUUCUGAAGCCAAAUUUGCAGGAGGCACAGGGAUAUCUUUGUUACCUACAGAAAAGCAUAUCAAGCAAGGGGAAGCCGUAAGGCAUGCAAUGCCUCCUCAUGGAGGUUUAAGUAAAGGGCACUCAAAUGAAUUAUAUGAAAAUGACCACUUCAAUGCAUCUGGUAAGCCAUUUGCUCCAGGAUAUGCAGAAGCGAAGGCGGAUUCUGCCAAGUGUAGCUAUCUUGAACAGCAAGUGCUUCCUCAAAGGGUUUUUGUUUCUGAACAUAUACCGAGGCAGCAGGCAGAAGUAAAUCAUUUGAAAAGAUCUGAUGAUCCUCAUCUUCUUAUAUGGCAUGCACGUUCUUCUGAUCUGCCAGAGCAGAUGAUAGAAUCAGCAGAUGAGUUGCCUGCUGGAACUGUGGCCUCCCACAUGGAGCGGUCACCCUCAUCUGUAAAAUUGCCUGAUAUGAACCCUCAAGUUGUCAAAGAAGGAUUAGUGCAAUCUCGCAAGUGUAAUCAAACAGUUAGUUAUUUUGAGAAAAUGAAAUCUACAAUCUCUGAAGAACCUUUUGAUUCAAAGUUGCAGAAUCCUGUGUCAAGGCCUGUAGUAGUUGCACUGGGAGAUGACCAAGAAAUGGUGGGAGUUCUUAAUAAUUAUAAAGAUCAGUUUGAUGUUGUCAAAGAAACAUUUGUCAAUAAUCAUGCCAUAGGAAGGCAAGGACCUUCUGGUAAGCAGCAGGAGAACUCUGCUUCCAUAGCAUCAGAGUCUCACUAUGGAAGGCUAACUGUGAAAAAGAACAGUGAGAAUGACACCGGGGAGUAUGCAGAGUCAUUUUCUCAAGUGGGAAACCAAAUCAGAGCUCCUUCUAACAGGGAGUCUUCCUGUGUUAGCACUGUGGCGCAUGGGGACAUUCUUAUUGACAUUAAUGAUCGCUUCCCUCCUGAUUUCUUGUCUGAUAUUGUCUAUGAGGCUAGAAAUUCUGAGGACCUUGCUGGCAUCAAUCCAUUGCAUGAUGAAACUGGACUGAGUUUGAAUAUGGAAAACCAGGAGUGUAAGCAUCAGUCAUUCUUACAGAAGCUGGUCCAAGGUGAUGUUAGUGGAGCAGAUUUUUCCCUUAAGGAUCAGGAUCGCCUUGGUUUCUCAUCGCCACUUACAAAUAUCAAAGGGGGAGGUGGAACUCCAAUUGAUUACAGUUUUCCACCUUCAAAAACUGAGGGAAUUGACUCCACUCCAGCAGAUUCCCAUACUUGUUAUACAGAUAAGCUCCAGCUGCAUUCUUCUAGUGCCAUUAUACCUAAAACCAUGGAUCUGCAUCCUGAAAACAGUUCUCAGUUUAAUGGUGACAAAAGCACACUGUUACACUGUUUAGUUAACCCGAGAACACCAGAACCUGAAAUCGAGGCUAAGGAUGGGAAGUUAGAGGGUUGGCAAUCUGGCAUUCCCUUUUUAGUUCCUUCUUUGGGAGAGUUUGACCCAAGUACCUUGCAGAUUAUCAAGAAUGAGGAUCUUGAAGAGUUGAAAGAAUUGGGUUCUGGAACUUUUGGGACUGUUUAUCAUGGAAAAUGGAGAGGAUCAGAUGUUGCCAUUAAACGAAUAAAAAAAACCUGUUUCACGGGACAAUCUUCUGAGCAAGAAAGAUUGUCUCUGGAGUUCUGGCGUGAAGCUGAUAUACUCUCAAAGCUCCAUCAUCCCAACGUUGUGGCAUUUUAUGGUGUGGUACAGGAUGGACCAGGAGAGACACUUGCCACUGUCACGGAAUUCAUGGUGAAUGGUUCCCUGAGACAUGUUUUGCUUCGCAAGGAUAGGCAGCUUAAUCAUUGCAAGCGGCUCAUAAUUGCAAUGGAUGCGGCAUUUGGGAUGGAGUAUUUACAUUCCAGGAACAUUGUGCAUUUUGAUUUGAAAUGUGAUAACCUCUUGGUGAACUUGAAAGAUCCCUCACGUCCCAUUUGCAAGGUGGGUGAUUUUGGGUUGUCAAAGAUUAAAAGAAAUACUUUAGUUACUGGUGGAGUCAGGGGAACCCUUCCAUGGAUGGCUCCAGAGCUCUUAAAUGGUACCAGUAGCAAGGUUUCUGAAAAGGUUGACGUGUUCUCAUUCGGUAUUGUCCUUUGGGAGAUUCUCACCGGCGAGGAGCCUUACGCAAAUAUGCAUUAUGGAGCAAUAAUAGGCGGCAUUGUGAGCAACACGCUGAGGCCACCCCUGCCAAGCCCCUGUGAUCCUGAAUGGAAAUUUCUGAUGGAGCAGUGCUGGGCUCCUGAUCCUGUUGCACGCCCAUCAUUUAGGGAAAUUGCUCGACGUUUGCGCAUGAUGUAUACUCUAACUAAACCGCAAGCAAACAAGUAGCUGCCUAGCUGGUGUCACUGGAUGUUCCCUAAUGAACUAGUUUUAUGUUGUUGUGAGCCUGCAGUGUGAAGUCAUGAAACAUAUUUGCUUUGGGAUUAUCGUUCGAAAAUGUAUACAUGUCUUGUGUAAAGCUUGAAGCAGUGGGUACUA